ACUUAUGUUUGUGUAGUUUUUAGAUAUUUGUAAGAGGAAAACGUAUGUAAUAGACCUUGUGAAGCAAAGAAAGCUGUUAAAAAGUUUAAAUCUUAGUAUUGGGCUACCUGUGGUGUUUGGGAUUCCUGUGGAUCAAAGCAUGCGCUGUAUGAAAAAGAAAGCAGUGCAAAACAUCGUCACAAUUUCAUCAGUUCAAAGGACAUCAAAAUGAAGACAAGGCGGUUCUUUUAUGAAAGUUUCCUUCUUUCUCUGUUUUUAUCAAUWCUUACUACAAGUCACGGUAGAGAAUGGCUGAAAGAACACUUYCCUCAUCCCGCGAAAGAUCGCGAAUCMUGCGGAAGACUCGGAGUAAAAUCCUGGAUUUGUGAUCCUGAUGGGAUUUUAAAAUACGACGAAGCCAACACUUUGGAGGAAAUGCUUCAACAUGUUGCAACGAAAACGAAUUCUGGAUGCUCAAGUGAGUCGGAAACCCCAGGUUAUCAGGUUGGUGUUGCCGUCAUGAGAAAAAUGGCCGUGCCUGCUGAAAGGAGCAAAGAAGAUCUAGCAAAGGACUUURCCAGUCAUUUGCACAACAACUGGGGAGUGGGGAAUUACGGUUGUGAUGAYGGUGUACUUUUGUUGAUGUCUAUCCAAGACAGACAGAUUUAUAUAACUACUGGAAGAACAGCCAAGGAAAGACUUUCAGAUGACCAGAUAGACAUUAUAAUCAGCAAAAUGAAGUCUUCACUUCGACAAGAAAAAUAUGGAAAAUCUUUGCAUUUGGCUGCAGAGCUUAUGCAUCAAGUUUUCAGUGGAGAGAARCUCAAAAMAGRUGGAAAUACACUAUACACUGUGUUUUGGGURGUAGUUUUUCUUUGUAUUUUGUUUGGCAGCAUUAUUYAUUCAAAAUACAAGCAGAGACAGUAUGAAAAUUGCCAUGAAAAACUGAAAAGAAUUGAGCGRGAAAGAAAUGCAGCAAAGAACAGUAAACAGUAUAUGUCUGCUUCAUGUCCAAUAUGUCUUGAAGACUUUACUCCCACAAUGCCUACAAGGCUUUUACUCUGUGGMCACAARUAUUGUGAACCAUGUUUGAGUAAAUGGYUAGAAACCAAUGCCACUUGCCCAAUAUGYAGACAGUCAACAAACCRCACAGAGRACAAGGAUGAUGAGAUAAGCACUCUAGAUUUCCUGCCAGAGCUUGCUUUCAGAUUGAUGUGUCUUCAAAGGCAAUAUCCGGCAUACAUUAGCCAUGAUAUGAUUCAUCACUGGACAUCACAGCAAUAUUYAGACAGCUUUGUGAAUGAUCCUUCSUUUCGCCAAGCAAGMCCUUUCACACAAACAGGGACYGGGAACCUUGGCUCUAAUAGAGGGUUUGGUGGUGGAAGUUGUAGUGGYGGGGGAGGUAGUGGAGGAAGCUGGUGAACAAUAAUUCUCAGAAAAACUUUGUCUUUUCCUCAAAAAUGAAAAUUGACACUAAUAUGUUAUGAGGAAAUUUAAUUUAUGGUAAAGAAGAACUGCAUAAUAGAAAACCAAACGAAAAGCAAUUUAAUUAACUAGAUUUUUUUUUAAUAGCAUAAUACUGUUAUAUUCCAGGGUUUUAUCACAAUCAUUAAAGCUUUUCAAAGAUGCCUUCAUGACUGGCUGAUCAGGAGUCAGGAGAGAUAAAAAAAAACAUAGAAAAUAUAUUAGAAAGCUUGUGUUUAAUAACACUUCAAUAGUACAUGGCAUAUAACAUACAAAUGAUAUCACCUUGCAACAAUGAAAUAAUAUCAAGAACAAAUGAGGUGAUUUUUACAAUAUAGUUAACUUUGUUUACACAGACAUUUUUUCAAACAUUGCUGCAUAAGUUUUCUUUUCCUUCUCUGUUACUUUCUUCAGUUCUUUGUCCAGUAUUGCUAAUGAUCUUUUGAUACCAUUGUCUGUGAUUUAAAAUAAAAACAGUACUAUCAUCAUCACAAAGGCUAACAAUAAAACAUGAGAUUUGUGCAGCAAAAUAACUCUAACAUCAAUAAACUCUUCCUAAAAGUUAAGUGCAACUAUAAUCUGGGGUGUUUUUUAACAACAAAUGACUUACCUGUUGGCUCAAGCUCAUUUGCUUUAACCAGGUCUUCUCUUGCUCUGUCAAAGUCUUUUAAAUGCAUGUACGCUUGACCACGUCUGAAUAAAGCUUUGGCAUUAUUGGGCUGGUGCUCUAUAACCUGGUUUUAUGAUGUAGACUUGGUUAGAAUCUACUGAYUGAUUAAAUUAUGCAAAGGGUGA